AUGGAACUAGGAAACCAGACCAGAAUCCAGAAGUUCAUCCUUCUGGGAUUCCCCACCAUCAUGGAAUUUCAAGUACUGCUAUUUGUCCUAUUCCUCGUGAUCUACACCCUGACACUCUUGGAGAACAUUGUAAUCAUCACCCUGAUCAGGGCAAACAGCAAUCUCCAAAAGCCUAUGUACUAUUUCCUUAGUCACUUAUCUUUCCUUGAAACCUGGUACAUCUCUGUAACUGUCCCGAAGCUUCUAGUUAACUUCCUGUCAGAGGAUAAAAGCAUCUCCUUUGAAGGCUGCUUGGCCCAGCUGUACUUCUUCAUAUUGGCAGUCUGCUGCACUGAGUGCGUCCUCUUGGCUGUCAUGGCCUAUGACCGCUAUGUUGCUAUUUGCAAGCCACUGCACUACCCUGUCAUUAUGACAGCUCGGCUCUGCUUGCAGCUGGCUGUGGGAUCCUGGUUUGCUGGCUUCCUUAUCUCUAUGCUCAAAGUGUUUUUCAUUUCCCGUUUGACCUUUUGUGGACCCAACGUCAUCAACCACUUCUUCUGUGACAUUUCGCCUUUACUCAACCUCUCCUGCACAGACCGGACAAUGGCUGAGAUGGUGGAUUUUGUAUUUGCUCUCAUCAUCCUUUUGAUCCCACUGUCGGUCACGAUUGCCACCUAUGCAUGUAUAAUAAGUACCAUUUUGUGCAUUCCCACUGCCAAGGGAAAGAGAAAAGCUUUCUCCACCUGUGCCUCACAUCUGUCUGUGGUUGUCAUUUUCUACUCAGCUACCCUCUUUAUGUAUGCAUGUCCUAAUUAA